CCCGUGCAGACCAGUAGGCGGCUCCUCGCGCGCUCCCUGCUCUGAACCGUCUCGCGCUCCUCGCGCUCCGCUGUCCCGGUUGUCAAGGCACCUACAGUCUGUGACUGCAGCUCGCGCGGCGGUGACAGCUCCCACACCGGCUCCUGUCGGAUUUUUUGUUCCGUCGUGUGGAUGGAUUUGUUUUCUCUGGCGGACAUUUAACCACCCAACACUCGCGCGUGCCUUUUGUUUCUGCACCGUGCGUGUGAUCCGUGUGAAUGACAGAGGAAACGCGGCUCCCCUCUCUCUCUCUCUCUUCCUGCUGAACCGGCUCGUUGACAUACCUCAACACGAGGCACGGCGAAACCCCAGAAACACCCGCUUCCCAGCCGAGAGGUCACAACCGUCACUACCAGCCCCUCGGUGUGCAAAGGUCCCUUCACGCCCGCCUGCUCGGUAUCAUGUGAGAUCCUGAUGCUGAAGCGGCAGAAUGGUACUGAGGCUUGUCCCGCUCUGACACAGUGACUCCAGACAGACUGGCUGAGAGACGCUGAAAAAAAGAAGUGGGCCGAUAAAGAGAUAGGAGGACAGAAGGAGAAGUACAACCUCUCGCAGAGCGGUGGCCAGAGUGACAGAAGAGCACAUGACGAGGGCGAACGGCUUCACAGCAGCAUCCUGACCGGUAGCCUCGCUCCUGCACCCGACCACGCGCCCGGCAGCACCAGCGAGCGGGCAUCAGAAGGAAGGAAACGUGCGACCGCCCCUCCUGCAGGCAUGAGGUCCUUCCGGUCCUUCAGUAACGAUGACCGCCAUGUCAUGGCAAAACACUCCACCAUCUACCCGUCCUCUCAAGAGCUGGAGGCAGUUCAGACGCUGGUGUCCACUGUGGAGUGUGCCCUCAAACAUGUCUCCGAUUGGCUGGAUAAGAGCAGAAGUAACGUCGACAGCAAACCAGCAGACAGCACAGAGGAGGACGACCCUGGCGAUGAGCCUAGCGAGGAAACAGUGGAAUCCAGUAACAGCUGCAGCAACAAGGAGUCCAGCAGCGGUGGCGUGCUGUGUGGCGUGAUGAGGAUCGGCCUCGUGGCCAAAGGCCUCCUGGUUAAAGGCGACAUGGACCUGGAGCUGGUGCUCAUGUGCAAAGGCAAACCCACACAGACAUUGCUGGACACUGUCUGUCACCAUUUACCCACACAGAUCGAAAAGCUGACAGAAGAGAAAUAUGAAGUCACAAGCUCCUUGCCCGAGGCAGCCAUCUUGGUACAAACUACGACAGAACCCAAACUCACGCUGAAGAUUACUCUCACCUCACCGACCAUGAGGGAGGAUGAUGAUGAGGAGGAGGAAGAGGAGGAGCAGGAAGAGGAGGAGGAAGAAGAGCAGGAAGAGGCCGUGGAGAACGGGGAGGAUGGAGAAGAAGAACAGGAGGAAGUGCAGGAGGAAGUAAAGGAGGAAGAGGAAGAGAAGGAGAAGAACGGGCAAGUGUUGGGUGCUGCUGCGCACAGAGUGGAGGCUGAGGAGGAGGAGGAGGGGGAGGUGCUGGAUAGACACAGAUGUCUGUUGGCCCUGGCAGCGCUGCGACACGCCAAGUGGUUCCAGGCUCGAGUGAACGGACUCAAGUCCUGCGUAAUUGUUCUCAGGAUACUUAGAGACAUGUGCAAUAGACACCCUGUCUGGGAACCUCUAAAAGGAUGGCCAUUAGAGCUCAUCUGCGAGAAGGCAAUUGCCACCUGCAACAGACCUCUCGGAGCGGGAGAAGCCCUGCGCCGAGUCAUGGAGUGUCUGGCCUCAGGCAUUCUGCUACCAGGUGGUCCAGGUUUGCACGACCCAUGUGAGAAAGAGCCAACGAACACACUUGCCAACAUGACCGACCAGCAGGCUGGAGCCAUUACCUUCAGAGCACAGCAUGCUCUCAGACUCAUGGCGUUCGGACAGAUCUACAAGGUGUUGGAGAUGGAGCCUCUCCCCUCAAAUAAACCAUCACAGAAAUACCCCUGGUCUGAUAAAGAAGGCUUGGGUCUGAAGAGGCCAUACGAGGAUGGAUUUAUGGACGACAAGGACCUCAUUAAGAAGAUGAAGAGGAAUCUGAGGAAAGUCUUGGACAGCAAAGCCAUAGACUCCAACCAGCCAAUGAACGCCCUGAUGCGGCUGAACCAGAUCCGGCCGGGGCUUCAGUAUCGCCUGCUGUCUCAGUCGGGCCCGGUUCACGCUCCGGUCUUCACCAUGUCUGUGGAUCUGGAUGGAACCAUUUACGAAGCAUCUGGAUCGUCCAAGAAGACGGCCAAGCUCCACGUCGCUGUCAAGGUUCUCCAGGCGAUGGGCUACCCGACGGGUUUCGACUCAGACCUGGACCCCAUGAGUUCAGAUGAGAAGUCGGACGGUGAAGGGAAGAGCGACACGUCCUCACAUACGAGCAAUAACCCAACUCACACCUCGGACAGCUCCAACACACUGGAGGUGGGGGAUAAGAAACGUACAGAAGUGCGAACUCAGGGUCCCAUACUGACAGCAAGUGGGAAGAAUCCUGUCAUGGAGCUGAACGAGAAGAGACGAGGCCUCAAAUAUGAGCUCAUCUCUGAAAGUGGAGGCAGCCAUGACAAACGUUUCAUUAUGGAGGUGGAGGUGGACGGGCAGAAGUUUCGUGGGGCAGGCCCCAACAAAAAGGUAGCAAAGGCCAGUGCUGCUCUAGCCGCCCUGGAAAAACUCUUCUCUGGUCCCAACGCAGCUGCAAACAAGAAGAAGAAGAUAUUGCCUCAGACUAAAGGAGCCCUGGCGGCAGCGGCAGCGGCCUCAGCAGUAGCAGCUCAGGUCGCCAGAGGAAGAGGAAGAGCAGCACUCGCGAGAGGAGCCUUCGUCAGUGCAGCUGCACCUGGAUACGUCACGCAAGGCUUCGGGACGCCAUAUGGCUACAGCCCUGCUGCAGCAGCUGCUCCUGCAUACGGGGGACUUUUCAUUGACAAUCCCUUCUACCAGCCGCGGACCCUCGCUCCAUUUAUCAUCCACCUGGGCCCCCAGGAUCUCUUCUCUGACUUCUAGAUGAAGCAGGUUUUUGGAUUCUCUUGUCACUCUCACAUGCCCACCUGUUUUUCUGUCCCUGUGGGUGGGCUGCCUUUCUGACCCCGGCUGACGGACUCACGGAUGCUUAUCAGUUUUUGUUUGAUCAGUCCACUGGGGGGAAAUAAAACUUUUCAGCAGAACUGUCCAACCCACAGACCCAGAGGCUCGAAGCGCCUCUCUCCCAUUUUCUCCCCUCUCCAUCCAGAUGGUCUCGUCGGAGGAGGAGGGCGACUUUCCAAUAAGCAAUACUCGGAUUUUACGGAAAACGUUCAGCUGCGACUGUGCGAGGCUUUGGCUGAACCUCUGUCUUUCUUAUAGCAAUACAUCUGAACUCGUCUCUUUGAGCUCAACUUACUUGAGAAGAUGUGAAUGUUCGAUGGAGUUUUACCCAACACAGCAUUGCAAUAGUUCAUUUUGAUUGUAUAUUCAUUGUAUGUGUGUGUGUACGUGUGGCUAUAACGUUACUAUAUACACAUAUGUAUGGUGUAUGUUUCUAUAAUGAUGUGUUGAUGAUAAUAUUACUAUACGAUGAUGUAUUUAUGUAAAUACUCUACAAAAUAUAACUAUUGUUGGUAUAAAUUAUUUUAGAAUUAUAAAGUGAAAUCUAACUAAUAUCACAGUAUAGCUUUCUUCCAAUUUUAUAUACACUGAGCAAUUGAAGCUAGUUCUAGAAGAUGCAAUAUUAUCUUUGGUAUUCCUAUUAACCCUGUGCUGUUAGAAUUAUAAUGCUUCCUUCUUUCUUUCCUUCACUUUUCCUCUAUCUUUGAUGUCUUUCUGAGCACGUUCUCCGCUGCCCGAGGUUUGUUUACAUGGGCUGGACAAAGAAGUGCUCACACACUCAUAACCUGAUCCACACACACACACUUCAUGUCAGAAAGCACAUUUUCUAUAGUCUCACUGCUGGCAGGGAACACUGUUGUUACAAAUACUGUACGUGUAUAAUAUGUGUAUACUCUGAUGUACGUGCUCCUCCCUUCUAACAUGAACGGACUCCCCCAUCGACACACUGGCCUUAGGGACACAAAGCACAGCUCUAUGACACCGCUAAAAGCUCCUCCCUGCUGCAAACACAUUCACACACUCCUCCCUCCAUCCUCCUCUGGCCCGUCUCCACUAUGAAGUGAUGCUGCUGGUGGCAGGAACACAAAAAGGCCAAGUUAACACAGUGGGAAGGACACCACACAGACUACUGGCAAUCUAAAGAUAAAGCCCGGCUAAGAUUUUAGAGAGCAGGACAUUGAAUUGGAUUCAUAUGGUUCUGUCUCUUAUUAUUUGCCCAAACUGAUUUCUCCUGUAGCAUUUUCGAGUGGAUUUAUGGGGGUGGACACAUUUCAGCAGUUGUUGACAUCAACUGAAUAGAUGUUUUGAAGCUUAUUAGUGUUUUACCAUAUGAUGCCUUUGCCACAACAUCUGAGCAAAGAAGAUAAAACCUGGUUAGACCCAAGAUCCAUGUUUCAGCGACCACGGCUGCCUGUGACCAACUGAGGAAAAGAUACCUAGAUAUAAGAAAAUGUACCAGAAGCUCCUUCAAAAGCCUUAAAGACUCUAAAAACUCUGUCAAAUGAUCAGAGUAUUGGUCUAUGACAUUAAACUCAUCCGAAUAAGAAACAAAGUCCAAGUUUAGCAUAAACCAUCAUAGUUAUCAAGUAGAGUUUUAGAUUCAGUUCAUCUGUUUCAGUUGGACUUGUUCUGUUCCUGGUUGAUCAGCGUUGCCAACUCGUGAUUGGUUCCCCUGUUGUGACAUCACUUUUCUACAACUGAACCUCUGGUCAAAUUAGUGAGAAAAGCAAAGAACAAACACAGAUGCAGAAACAGUUCCAGCUGUAGUGGAGCUUAUUUUCAUGUGAGACCCCGUCAUUUAUAAAAGGAAGCUGAUUGUAAAAAUGUGUGUUCAGAGCCUUUACUGUGCUUUUUAAUGGAACUAUUUAAAGACACCAGUAACCACAUGUGAGGAAGCAAAAUUAGAUUCUGAGAUCAAAAUGUCUUGUAAAAGAAAAAUGUUGAUACUGACUUUGUAUUUGAGGCAGAGGUUGAGUCAUUUGAAGAUUUGAAGCCUCUUCGUGUCAUUUAUGGUUCUUCAUCUUCUUUUCCCACUGACCUCAGCUCCCUGUCACUGUCCUGGUUUCUGCAGAGGAAUUUAUGGAAGAGAGAGAGUUUUGUUGGUUUUAAUUUCUUAUCACUACUUGACAGUAUAAUGGUAGUGUUGUGAGUCAUACCCAGCACAUAGUCAAUUUACAUGGUAAUUAUUAGACAGAGAUGGCGUCAAACUGUGGUUUUCUGGUGUCACAGCGCUGCAUGGGCUUAAAAAUCUCCACACACACAGUACCAGGGAGAAUUCAGGCAAAUGUCUGUGGUGCUUACAUGCUUCUUCGUUUUCUUACCCUCUAAUAGAGACAAUAUGUCAGUCAGCAGAGGUAAACUGAACAGAAUGUGCAUCACAAUGCUUUGAUUCUCCUCAUGCUCGCCUUGAUCUGGGCGCCAGCUUGAUCUCCUGUGUUGUGCCAACUUCGAUUCCACUAAAACGUCUCGAGAACGAGACAACAGACUCACUGAGGUUUUUCAAAACAGGUAAAAUUAGACUCAAAUGUUUGUGACGUCACUGAAGAUGGAAGAAAGUGCGACACCGAGCUAUGAUGAAGAGGUUGGAGGUUGUGCGGUUGUGUCAGAGCAGUGAAGUCAAUUCUACCACUGGUUUUAAUCCUCUGCCAUGUUAAUGUGUCGUCCUGCCCUGCAGGAAUCUGUAUUUAAAAUCACAGAAACUUCAUUAUACACAGCCAUUAAUCCAUUUUAGAAAUGUAAUUGGCCCUUAAAAAUGUUUAAUUGCACAAAAGCUGCUACACCACUAUGCUGCAAAUUAAAACUUAAUAGAUACAGCAUUUUAUUUGCUAAUCUUUGUUUACAUACAGUGUGGAAAUGCAUCAGGUUUGAAUUUACCAGAGUAAAUUAGCAGCUUUAAAUUGCUUAAGCAUUAAAAUACUUCCCUGACAGUUUUAUCGUUGCAUCUCCAUGUUUAUCGUUUAUGGAUCUUUGCAGCACACAGUUUUGAUUAUUCUCAGCUUUUCCCUGCGGCUUUCCAGCAGAUCCCAGCGCACGUGUAGUCGUCUCAUUUCCAAAAACUCUCCAACAAGAAUCUGACGCUGCUUUACCGAGACUUUUCAUCCUCUUGUGGAAUUCACACACAGGUGAAUAACUUGGAGCUUUGCUGUGUUGAAACAGACUCUCCCUCUCUCCAGAUGGCCCACAUUAAUAAGGCAGACGCAUACCUCAGUGAGCAACCUUUUCAUUUCCCCUCAGACGGAACAGACACAGUCACCCGGGCUACUGACCCUGUCCUCUUGGUCUGUUGGCUGGACAACUGCUCUCAGAGGAAACGUGGCAGAGCCCAGGGAGACACAGUCAGUCUAAAAGUGGCAGAAAGCGUCUGGUGGGACUGUACAAGCUGAUCCACAGCUGGCUGGUCAUUUCAUCUCGUUAGGCAGAGGUCCCACAGAUUGUAUCUCAGAAAAAGGAGGUUCGAUUUUUGGCCCUGUCUUUUGGUUCGUUGGUUUUUUUGUCAGCAGAAUUUUACAAAAAUGUACUGAGCAGAUUUUCAAAUAAAUUGACACUAGGACAGGACAUCAACCAGGAAGAACCCGUUAGAUUUGAAUGCAUAUCCAGUAAGAUUUUUCACUUUCUAAAAUUCCUAGAUAUGAUUUCCCAGGUAAUACUUUAUCUGAGAGUGUGUGAAAUUUGGUGCAGCUUGAUUGAACUUAAGGGGACUGUUGGUCUACUGGGUGCCAUUCUAGUUAUUUAUAAAUGUAUUGAGGUGCAAAAACAAAUCAGUGAUGUUAUAUUUAAAAUUUUACUCCUAGUACCUUUCCCCGUACUGAAUAAAGAUGAAAACCAGCCACACUUUACUUUGAAACUCCUCAGAAUGAUAUGUUUUCCUGAAGAAUGGCUCUCGGUGGCAGGCUCGGGACGGUCACGUCUGUGUGGAUAGAUUUUCUAGAGACUAAUGGGUGUUUGUGCUGGACCUGAGCUUUGAUGGAUGUUGUUCCUGCUCCAGCGAUCCCUAGAAAUUUCUCUAACCGUGGCAGCCAUUGUCAACAUACUCGCCUCCCUCUCCCUGCAUCUACAGUUUUACUAACACUGCCCGUCUGUGGGCGUUCAACAACAACAACAACUUACACCUGUAAUCCAAGAAGCACAAAACAAACACGACCAGUGCACCCACACAUCCUUCUCAGGGCUACCUGACACAUGUAUAUGCAAAUGGCCACACACUUCCGAGCACACAUGUAAUCAUAUAUGUAAAUAUUUCAGCAUUCGGUCCGAGCACAUUAAGACAGCAUGACAUUCUCUGCUUUGUAUAUAACACUUAUGAUUGUACUGUAUGUGGUCAGUCAUACAAGUGGUUAGGCCUCGUUUGUACUCUAGGAUUUGAGCCAUGUAUGAAAACACGUCCCCAUAUCUCCAUGUAUUAUCUUGGUGCUUUACAAUGGGCUGCCUGUAGCACUGUACAAAAUAGGUUUCACUUUUUAGUUUGCUUUUCUGGAAGAACAGCAGUUACAUGUUAAGAGGGAGGAGUUCCGUCAUCAAAGAACGUUAUUUUAGCAUCAAACACAAGAGGCUUUGCAUGUUUAGAUGCUGCGGUUUGUUCAUUAGAUCAGUAUGAAGUGUUUUUGUUGCCAGGUAACAUCAGGUUUUUGGACUUUCUAUCUGGAGACCACGUAAGCUCCGUUUCCCAAAGGCUCCUCUUUAUCUUCGCUGCCAGGUCAAAGGUCAAGAAGCAAAUUGAUGCAGAGAUGCUUUUGGGAAAUGGGGUUAGGUUCGUUCUUUAAGACGGGAUUUAUCCAGACACCGAAGCCUCUAAAGCCUUUGUGACACAAAUCUGAUCAUCUCGGCAGCCUCAGAAGUGAAACUCUAUUCAGUACGUGGUCUGAUCUUCACCGUCUAGACAGCUACAAAAUGUCAGGUUAGUGAGAAAAAAAAAACAAAGCAGCUCUGAAAAUCUAUCCUCUAAGGAAAACUUGCUCGUUCUUGUAUUAGCGCAGAGAGCAGUGAGAGAAGAGUUUCACGAAGAGCCUGAGAGACACAAACAAGUUCAACUGAGCUCUGCAGAGCAGCAGAAAUAGAUCCUGGAUCACAUUUCAACUGCUGAGGCAAAGUUAACCAGACUAACUGCUGAGCAGAUCAUUUUCUCUGGGUGUGUGCGUGUGAGAGUCGAGUUGAGGAAAAUGGGUGUGUGUGUGUCUGACCUGCACAGAAACUCGUGGGGAAGGGGAGAUAUUUCACACCCACACCCACACCCACACACACACACACACACACAGAGCAUGCUGUUGCAUACUUCCUGGUCAACUGAUAUCCAAUUUCCUCCUGAUAAACGAUCAAAGCAUCAUUUUGGUUGAGAAUGUACGCUGUUGUUGAAGUGAUUGUAGAGUAGAAUGUAUUUACUCAUAGAAAGAGUAAACUUACUUUUUGUAGAGAAGCAUAUACAGAAUAUAUAUGGAUACAUACAUAUAUAUAUAUAUAUAUAUAUAUAUAUACACACACGCAUCUAUAUAUCUUUUGAACUACUCGUGUGUGUGUGUGUGUGUGUGUGUGUGUGUGUGUGUGUGUGAGUUGUUUUGGGCGCAUCCACCCUUUUACGAUUUAAUAUUUCUUUCCCCUUUUUAAAUUUUUAUUUAUGAUGCUUUGACAACGGUAGCGUUUUAUGAGUGACAAGUUGUUCCUGUAAAUAUUAUUUUUAUCAAUUUAUUUUAUUUUUGACAAAAGGGGAUUAAAAGAGACUUUUUCAUGAUGCUGCCUAUGAAAUUAUAAAGUUAUAUCUGUCCUCAGAAUCUAUUUGAUCCGAGUCAAUUUUGACAUGUAAACGGUGAGUGUUUCAAAAGAGACCGAUGACAAUGAAUGUGGGAUUAUUUUAAGUCACUGUAUUGAUCAUUUUAAUUGGUAGCAACAUUCACAGCGGUGAAGAUCUCUGGGCGUCACUGUUCUCGACAUAUUCUGCUUGAUGAAAUGAAAAUAAAACUGAGAAAGUGCUGAA